AUCAUUUUAGAAGCUUAAAAGAUCAUUAUAGGGAUUAUAGAGUUUUAACAGGGACCCCCACCUCCACCUUCCCCUGUUGUCCCCUGUCCCCUCCCUCCUCCUCCUCCAAGGGGCUCAGUCCUCUCAGCUGACUCGGCUUUGUUCAACACUGUGAAGGAGUUUUCUAAAACUCUUUUGUAACCACUCACACACCAUCAAAAAAACAAGAGAACUAUACAGGUCGAUGCUGCUGACACUAAACUACACAAAAGGACAGACACCAGCAGCAAACAUGGAUAUUUUGAUAAGUUAACAGGGAUAGUUUUAUGUGACAAAACUUUUUUUUAAUUUUACAUUUUAUCUGGAUUAUGUUACUGGAUGUCCAACAAAGGACUGCUCUGCUAUGCUGUAGGAGUGAAGGCCGUACACUUUCUACACUUCAGUGGAAGUUUACAGUCGGAGCAAAAAGUGAACAAUGUUGAGAAAACCCAGGAUAAGGUCUUUAACAUUUCUUCAUGGACAAAUAGCUCUCAUCAGGAUGUCAAGACUGGUGUAUUUAUCACGACAUCAGGCUCUUUGAGGAGAGGAGCACUGAUUAGAGUGCCUCUUGUUUCCCUGACGGAGGGACAGCAGACUAAAGAUGUCUGACCUCAGCCAAGUAGCCGUGUACUCAGACUCCUCAGACAUUUAUAAGAAUGUGUUCUGCAAUCCCGCCUUCGAGCUGGAGGGGGAGCGAGAGGAAAGGGUGGAGGGAUUCAGAACCUCCUCAUCCACCCCUGAACCAAUCAAACCACCAGCAGCUGGCCUGGGCUGGGGUCUAUUCGGGGUGUGUGUUAUGCGUCUGCGGGGACCAGGUUGUGGCUGGGGAGUGGUUGUGGUCUCUGCUGCUGCCCUGCUCCUGGUAGCAGCCAUCGGACUGGCGCUGGCCCUCAUCCUCACACAGAUCAAAGGUCAGGCAGUAGAGGAGCAGUUGCUGCCCACCAGCCCUCCAGACCUGCUGAGUGCAGGAGCGUCCCACACUUUACCCACAAUUCCUGCCAACAGAAGUCAGCAGGACAGUUCAUCAGCACCGCAGCCCGCUAAGAUCCCCCCAUCUGAAACACGUUGUGGAGGAGUUUUGACUGAAGCAGAGGGCAGUUUCAGUUCACCUAACCACCCCGGCUCCUACCCCACCAACUCCCUGUGUGUGUGGGUGAUCAGAGUCCCGCCCCCCUCCUUGGUCCAGAUCCAUGUUUCCUCCCUGAACGUGGAGGGUCCAUCUCCCUGCCUGUUUGACUGGCUGGAGGUGCAGGAGCAGAUAGAGCAGAGCUCUGUGGUCACCAGGUUCUGUGGAAACGUAGCGCCACCAACAGUCAACACAAACAGCAGCACGGUGUGGGUCACCUUCCGAUCUGAUGGCAGCAUUGCAGGCAGCGGCUUCACAGCACAGUACAAGGCCAUCCUGCCUGGACACAAGAGCUGCUCCAGAGAAGAGUUCAUGUGUGACAGUGGUCGCUGUCUGCUGCCUGUGUCUGUGUGUGACGGUCAUCCAAACUGCCAAGACCAAACAGACGAGGCGAACUGCAGCCAUAAAAACAAGGAAUGUGGUGGGCAGAAGAGCGGGCCGUAUGGUUACCUGGCAAGUCCAAACCACCCCAGGCCUUAUCCUCACCAGCAGUUGUGUAUAUGGUACAUAUCUGUUGACGAGGGUCACUUCAUCACACUGAGCUUCAGAAACUUCAGUCUGGAGACUCAGGAUGUGUGUGAGUUUGACUAUGUGGAGGUGCACGACAGCGUCGACACUGGAGCUGGUCGAGUUCUGGGAAGGUUUUGUGGUACCAGCUUCCCACCAGACCUGACCUCCUCUGGCCCCCACAUGACUGUGGUGUUUGUGGCUGAUGAGGGAGUGGCCGACAGCGGCUUCAACGCAACAUAUCAGGCUGUGUCUCUACUGGAUAGGACAUGUGGUCCUAGCCAGUUUGCAUGCAGUACAGGAGAGUGUCUUCAGCCGCAGUGGUUGUGUGAUGGAUGGAACGACUGCUCUGAUGGAGCAGAUGAGCAGGGCUGCGGCAACUCCACCUACCCUCCUUUCACUUCAUCAUGCGAGUUCAUAGAGGUAGAGAUGUGUCAGGGCCUCAGCUACAACCUCACCUCCUUCCCCAACAUCUGGCUGUCCAUUGCUGAUCAAAGAGAAGCUGCCACACUCCUACAACAGUAUCGGGUGUUGAUGGAGCUGGCAUGCUUCGAGCCCCUGCGGAAGCUGGUGUGCGGGAUGUUCCUGCCCCAGUGCAGCCCUCACGGUGGCGUCCUCCAGCCCUGCCGUUCAGUCUGCUCCUCAGCCGAGCAGCAAUGCAGCCAAGCCCUGGACCUCUUCUCCUUCAGCUGGCCCUUCAACUGCCACCUCCUGCCUGACUCACAGGACCCCAUGGAGUGCUCACUGCCUUGAUGCCUCAACAUCAACAAUGCCUUAACGUUACCGCUGUGUUGUUAGUGAGAGAUCAUAUCAUAUCAUACCUGGUCUGCUCCAAAACAGACAUCUGGCACCAGAUGGAGUGUUUGAGGACUGAAAGGCCUGAACUUCAAAGAACUGGAGACCAGGCCAGUUUUUCACAGCAGGUCCACAGCAUUAAAGAGUUGUGUUGUAGCAAGCAGACUGACUUCCAGCAAAAUUGCAACCCUCAACACACUGCUGCCUGUGGAGCUUGUAACAUAGAAUAUUAUGGCAUCGUAGCAAUUUUUAAAGAAGGCUGACACUGUGGCCACAGCUGACGAUUACAGGAUCGUGGCUAAUGUCAAAAUGUAGUGCUACAGUAGCACAAGUGGAGAAGAGUGAUAAGGUCAAUAAACAACAUCUGUUGAACAGUGUUUUCUAACUAAAAUUUUUAUUAGUUACAAAGUUAGUCUUGCUUUAAAGAAGCCAUAA